CAUAUAUAUCUAUGGUGGCGGCCGGAGUGUCACGCACGGCCUACCUCUGCUGACUGAUUGUUGUUGUACUUUAUUGAGUGAAACUGAUAACUGUGAUCCACGUUACCGAGGACGAGUUUACACCAGGCCGUAAUGUCUCAAGCUAAGAAGUACUUGCAGUAGAACAGAGGUGCCUUGUAGAGACUCAGAAAGUGAACAAAUUUAUACUCAAAAUGGAAUCAUUGGAGUUGGACUUGGCUGGCCUGGAUGCUCUGUUGGCAGACCAAAGUUAUGUGUGCGGGCAUCAACCCACACAAGGAGACGUGGCAGCGUGGCAGGCCCUUGGUGAAGUUCCGAGUGUUGAGUAUCCUCAUGUGGCUCGUUGGUACCACCACAUUGCCAGCUUUGGUACCAGUAGUAGAAACUUUUCAGAGUCUUCCGUUAAGAUUGUGUUGCAACAGAAGAUUCCCGAGUUAAAGCGAAAAAGACCUGCUUCAGAUAUGAGUAAUUCCUCAAAACAGAAAUCAGAGCCUCAGAACACAAAGCCUCUGAAAGCAUCUGGAAGUAAAAGUCAGGCGGAGAAUAAAAAGGAAAAAGGAGGAGCAAGUGGGAAGGGUGCCAUUGAGCUGACCCCAUGGCCAGAUUACAUCCAGGAGCGGCUGAACAUGUGGGACAGACUCAAGAAGGAAGCUGAUGAGGCUCUUGCGGCAAAAUUGUCUGAACCUAUUCAGAUUACUUUGCCUGAUGGUGCAGUCAAAGAUGGCAAGUCUUGGAUCACUACUCCAUAUGAAGUGGCACAAGGUAUCUCUCAGGGUCUAGCAGAAAACACUGUGGUAGCUAAAGUCAAUGGAAUAGUCUGGGACCUUGACCGUCCUCUGGAGCAAGAUUGUAAAUUAGAGCUGCUGAAGUUUGGUGAUGAUGAAGCCAAGACUGUGUUCUGGCAUUCUUCCGCCCAUAUUUUAGGUGAAGCAUUAGAACGUGUGUACGGUGGCCACCUUUGUUACGGCCCUCCCAUUGAGGAAGGUUAUUAUUAUGACAUGCACACUGAUGGCCCCGGGGUGUCUAACCUGGACUUCCCUGCCAUUGAAGAAGUCAUGAAGAAGAUCACUAAAGAGAAGCAGCCAUUUGAGAGACUAGAAAUGAAGAAGGAGGAUCUUUUAGAGAUGUUCAAAUACAACAAGUUUAAGGUGCGACUUUUGAAUGAGAAAGUAAAGACUGAUACUACCACUGUUUAUCGCUGUGGGCCUCUUAUUGAUUUGUGCCGAGGCCCACAUGUCCGCCACACUGGCAAAGUGAAAGCCUUUUCGGUGACUAAAAACUCAGCAUCAUACUGGGAAGGUAACAGUGAGGCAGAGUCUCUCCAGCGUGUGUAUGGCAUCAGCUUCCCAGACCCCAAACAGCUGAAAGAGUGGAAACAUUUCCAAGAGGAAGCAGCCAAAAGAGAUCACAGAAAAAUUGGUAUUCAGCAGAAACUUUACUUCUUCCAUGAAUUAAGUCCUGGCAGCUGUUUCUUCACCUCCCGUGGUGCCUACAUUUACAAUAACUUGAUUGAAUUAAUCCGUGGAGAAUAUCGCAAACGAGGCUUCCAAGAAGUGGUGACCCCCAAUGUGUACAACACCAAACUGUGGGAGACCUCUGGGCACUGGCAGCAUUAUGCUGAGAAUAUGUUUGCCUUUGAGAUAGAAAAGGAGAAAUUUGCUCUUAAGCCCAUGAACUGCCCUGGACAUUGCCUAAUGUUUGGACACACUACCCGGUCUUGGAGAGAACUGCCCAUUCGUAUGGCAGACUUUGGCGUUCUCCACCGUAAUGAACUCUCGGGUGCCCUGACUGGUUUGACUCGUGUAAGAAGAUUCCAGCAGGAUGAUGCACACAUUUUUUGCACCCCAGAUAUGAUUCGGACUGAAAUUAAGGGAUGCCUUGAAUUUCUCAAUGCUAUCUAUGACACCCUUGAGUUUGAGUUCCUCCUCAAACUGUCCACUCGCCCAGAGAAAUUCUUGGGAGAAGUUGAAUUUUGGAAUAGUGCUGAAGAGCAGUUGAAAAGCUCCCUGAAUGACUUUGGUAGGGAGUGGAAGCUGAACCCUGGUGAUGGUGCCUUUUAUGGUCCAAAGAUUGACAUUACUGUUACUGACGCUUUAAAACGACAGCAUCAGUGUGCCACCAUUCAACUUGACUUCCAGCUUCCCAUUCGCUUUGACCUGCAGUAUGUUUCAGAAACAGGAGAGAAGAAACGUCCUGUAAUCAUCCACCGCGCCAUCCUGGGUUCUGUGGAACGUAUGAUUGCCAUUCUGACCGAGUCUUUUGGUGGGAAAUGGCCAUUCUGGUUGUCCCCUCGCCAGUGUAUGAUUGUACCAGUAGCUCCACCAUUUGAUGAUUACGCCAAGAGUGUCCAUCAACAGCUCCAUGACGCAGGUUUUGAGGCAGACUACGACACUGAUCCUGGCGACACCAUGAACAAGAAGAUCAGAAACGCCCAGCUUGAGCAGUACAACUUCAUUCUUGUGGUCGGAGAAAAGGAAAAGACCAACAACACUCUUAACGUGCGUACCCGCGACAACAAAGUGCACGGCGAGCACAGCGUUGCCGACGUCAUUCAGAAGUUGACCACUCUGAGGGUAAAUCGCGUGAAGAACUGGGAAGAUUCAUUUUAACGUGGAUUAGAAUACUUAAUAAAAUAUAUAUCCAUAAAGAAAGAGGCAUUUCAUGUUUUCAUUAUUGUUAUUAUCAUUUGACUACAAUCAUUCACAGGAGCUUGGCAGGAUUAUUUAUGGUAAUUGUAGUUCAUGAUUAUAUUGGGAUACUAUACAUUCAUUCCUCUUGAUUUAGUGUUUUCUUUUUUUAUUAAUAAUUUGUAUAAUGUUUUCAUUAUUUCUGUGGCCAUUCAUUGAACAUAUAUUGCAGUGCUUGUUAUAAUACUGUGAGUACAUAUUGAUCCAUCUAUAAAUUCAAUUGGAGUGUAAUUUUAAACCCCAGUGAUAUCUUAGCCUUAUUUAAUAAACAAAGCAACUGAC